UCUUAGUUCAGUUAACAAGUUUUUUUUUUCCAUUAAAAAUGGCGGUGACUUCGGUGUUACUCUAUGUGAUUAUAGCCAUAGUAUCGCUGGCAUUGUAUUUUAUUAAACGCAAUUUAAAUUACUGGAAAGAUCAGGGCAUACCUCAUGAAGAACCCCAUUUGAUAAUGGGUAACUUUAGAGGUCUGCGCACCAAAUAUCAAGUGGGUGAAAUUAUUGCCAAUUAUUAUAAAAAAUUUAAAGGCACUGGCCCAUUUGCUGGUAUUCACAUUGUGCAGCGACCUGGUGUGGUGCUGCUGGAUAAGGAACUCAUUAAAAAUGUGUUGAUAAAGGAUUUCAAUAAUUUUGUUAAUCGUGGCAUGUACUACAAUGAGAAAAAUGAUCCCUUAACGGGCAACUUGUUCUUUAUGGAUGGCCAGUUGUGGAGAAUUUUGAGAAAUAAAUUAUCACCCACCUUUACCUCGGGUAAAAUGAAAUACAUGUACCCCACCAUUCUGGCUGAGGCUGAGAAAUUUAUGCAAGUUUUAAAGGAGAAAGUAAAUGAGGAUCCUAUUGUGGAUGUGCGCGAUAUGUUGGGCCGUUUCACCACCGAUGUCAUAAGCAGUUGUGCUUUUGGCAUUGAGGUCAAUAGCUUGAGAAAUCCACAGUCGGAUUUUCCCAGAUUGGGCAGAAAAUUAACAGAGCAGCCGCGCCAUAAUGCCUUGAUAAUGGCCUUCAUUGAUGGUUUUCCCAAUUUGUCGCGUAAGCUGGGCAUGCGCAUAGUACCCGAAGAUGUGCAUCAGUUUUUCAUGAAAACCAUAACGGAAACCAUAGCCUAUAGAGAGAAACAUAAGAUAGAAAGAAAAGAUUUCCUAAAUCUCUUACUUGAUAUUAAGAAUAAUGAAAAUGAAAAAUUAUCCAGUCUAAGCAUAGGGGAAAUGUGUGCCCAGGUAUUUGUGUUCUUUUUGGGAGGCUUUGAAACUUCCUCGUCCACCAUGUCGUUUGCUUUAUGCGAAUUGGCUUUGAAUACACAUUUGCAAGAGCGUUUAAGGGAAGAGGUAAAUGAGGCCUAUGAAACUCAUAAAGGAUUUAACUAUGAAAAUCUUAAGAAUAUGACCUAUUUGGAUCAAGUGUUGUCAGAAACCCUACGCAAAUACCCCAUAGUGGCUCAACUCAAUCGCCAGGCUGCCGAGGACUAUGUUGUACCCGGUCAUCCUCAGUAUGUGAUUAAAAAGAACAUGCCUGUGUUAAUUCCCGUUUUGGGCAUUCAACAUGAUCCCGAAUUUUAUCCCAAUCCUCAAGAAUUCGAUCCUGAACGCUUCGCCCCCGAAGUAGCCAAACAACGUGAUCCCAUGGAGUAUUUGCCUUUCGGUGAUGGUCCUCGUAAUUGUAUCGGAGAACGCUUUGGCAAAAUGCAAUCUCGCUUAGGCUUGGCCAGCUUAAUAAGAAAUUUCCGCUUUUCAACCUGUUCUAAGACUGAAAUACCAAUUAAAUUAGAUCCUAAGGCGCCAACAUAUUCACCAAAAAAUACCAUUUAUUUGAAAGUGGAGGCUAUUUCCACUUUCACGAUGGAAAUAACAUCGUUAUUACUUUAUUUAAUAAUUGCCGUAGUUUCGGUGGCAUUAUAUUUUAUUAAACGUAACUUGAGUUAUUGGAAAGAUCAAGGAAUACCUCAUGAAGAACCCCACAUUAUAAUGGGCAACUUUAAGGGGGUGCGCACCAAAUAUCAUAUUGGCCAAAUAGCGGCGGAUUAUUACCAUAAAUUUAAAGGAACCGGACCCUUUGCAGGUCUUCAUAUAGUACAACGUCCGGCAGUGGUGUUGUUGGAUAAAGCUCUUAUCAAAAAUGUUCUAAUUAAGGAUUUUAAUAAUUUCACCGAUCGUGGCUUGUACUACAAUGAGAAAUCCGAUCCUUUGACGGGUCAUUUGUUUCUGUUAGAUGGUCAGAAAUGGAAAAUUCUAAGAAAUAAACUGUCACCCACUUUUACCUCGGGCAAAAUGAAAUACAUGUAUCCCACACUCUUAAAAGUAACAGAUCAAUUUAUGCAGGUCUUAAGUGAAAAAAUAAAACAAGAUCCCAUCGUGGAUGUUCACUCCAUGUUGGGACGCUUCACCACCGACAUUAUCAGCAGCUGUGCUUUUGGCAUCGAAUGCAAUAGUUUGGGUAAUCCCAAUUCGGAGUUUCCUAGACUGGGUAAAAAGUCGAUAAUGGUACCCAGACACAAUGCUUUCAUCAUGGCCUUAAUAGACAGUUUUCCUAAAUUAUCCCGUAAGCUGGGCAUGCGUAUACUGCCGGAAGAUGUUCAUACAUUCUUUAUGAGAACUGUUACGGACACGAUUGCUUACAGAGAGCAACAUAAAAUACAGAGAAAUGAUUUCCUAAAUAUUUUACUGGAAUUGAAGAACAAUGAAAACGAUAAGUCUGGUCUGGGAGGUUUGACAAUUGAAGAGAUCUGUGCCCAAGUGUUUGUGUUCUUUUUGGGAGGCUUUGAAACUUCUUCGUCCACCGUGACUUAUGCUUUGUAUGAAUUGGCCCAGCAUCAGGAUUUGCAGGAACGUUUGAGGCAAGAGGUUAAUGAAGUAUUUGAGAAUAGCCAAGAUGGUACUAUAACCUAUGAUAUGCUCAAGGAUAUGACAUAUUUAGUUCAAGUAAUAUCGGAAACCCUGCGCAAGUAUCCCGUUGUGGCCCAACUCAAUCGCCAGGCUUUAAGUGAUUACGUUGUUCCCGGUCAUCCCAAAUAUGUGAUUAAAAAAGGCAUGCCGGUUUUAAUACCCGUGCUGGGCCUACAUCAUGAUCCCGAAUUCUAUGCCAAUCCUCAAGAAUUCGAUCCGGAACGCUUUGCCCCCGAAGUGGCCAAACAACGUGACUCUGUGGAGUAUCUGCCAUUUGGUGAUGGUCCCCGUAACUGCAUUGGUGAACGUUUUGGCCAAAUGCAAUCACGCUUAGGUUUAGCUUAUUUAAUCAGACAUUUCCGUUUCUCAACAUGUUCCAAGACUGAAAUACCCAUAACCUAUGAUCCCAAAUCCUUGGCAUUUGUGCCAAAAAAUAUAAUUUACUUAAAAUUGGAGGAAAUAAAGCUAUAAAAUAAAAAUGAAAUAAAAAAAAAUUUAUAAUUAAAAUUAAA